CUUGUAUUCAACGGCGAGCAAACGGCGAACAGCGGGCGCUAAUUUCGUAAUAGGUGCCUUUAGUACCUUCCUAGGCCUUUUUAGCACUUUUUAGCCUGUAAGACUUAUACGACUGAUGCGUAAGCCACAAACUGCAUUAGCCACAAUACGGGAAUAACUCGGGCUCUGCUCUAUUUUGCCGAACCACAUUCCAUCGUACCAGUGUGCGCCGGAACGUGCCACCGAUGGAUUACAUCAUGUAAUUUUUUCCCGACUUUCUCCUCUGCGAACAGCUUCGUCGAUUUGACGUUGUGUUAUGUUACUAAGAGUCACCGCUUGAAUCCGCCUGAAUCCCGAAGAAGAGCCAAUUGCAAACUACAGGUGCUCAAUUGAAUUCUGUCACCGUUUAAUUUCCAACUUACCAGAUCCUCAAAUAUAAUACCCCGCGUACCGACCAAACUAUCACGAUAAUACACAUUCAAAGCAAUCGUAUUAGAUAUUCCUAAGAUACCCACACAUCGCACAUUUCUCACGACCACGUGCACAUACACCUAGAGUUAUACAGAUCUUGUAAUACUAGAGACAAGACAAGACAAGACAAGACAGGACAAGACCCCAUCCCAAAGCAUCGGACUGCCUAUGAUAUAAAGAAGUAUCGGAGUAGUCGAAAGAAUCGAUAAAACCCCGCACCACAUAUAAACAUAAAGCCGCAGCCAUGAAGAUUAUUUCGAAAGAGGAAGAACAAGCGCACUAUGGCCGAGUGCUUACAGGCGGUCUCAUCGGUGGCUCCCUAGGUAUCGGUGCUGGAUUAGUUGGCGUCAUGGUCGCAUCGCGGCGGUAUCCAGUCUUCCGAUCGCUCACGCUCCCCUUCCGCGCCUUUCUCGUCACAUCCACAGGUACCUUCGGCGCAAUCAUCAACGCCGAGCGGUAUUCGAAUGCCUUCCACAAGGCCAACAACCCCAUGAACUUCUACGUCGACGAGGCCCAGCGCACACAGGAGCUUAUCCGCCAGCAAGAGACCAACUGGGAGCGCUUCACCACGUGGGGCCGCGAAAACAGGUAUUCCAUCGUCUUCGCCUCCUGGAUCGCCGCCAUGGGCGUCGCACUGGGUAUCGUCGGCCGCAACAAGUACCUCUCCACCUCGCAGAAGCUCGUUCAGGCUCGUGUGUACGCCCAAGGCCUAACGCUAGCCGUGCUCGUCGCCUCCGCCGUCUUCGAGACGGCCGAUGCCCGGUCCGGAACCGGUCGCUGGGAGACUAUCAAGGUGCUCGACCCCAACGACCCCGAGCACAAGACCCUCAUCGAGAAGCGCGUCCACAAGGAGGAGUACGAGGGCCAGGAUCUCUGGAAGGAUAUGGUGGCUGCUGAGGAGCGCCGGCUCGCCGCCCAGAAGACGCAGAAGGGAAACUCGCAAUAGGCGGCUGCUGGGUGGCGGCGUUCAACCGCUGGGGGAAUGGGAUGGUGGGAAAUACAUGGUGGGAGCGGACCGCUAGGCUAGGUCAGACGAGGCGCCGCCUGCUGGGCGUGUAGAGCGGUUAGGCAUUUCCAUUGCGUCCCGGAUUCGCCUGCAUAUUUUCCUUUGCAUCGAUCAUUGUCCCGGAGUUUCGGCCAUGUGCGGUUGGGUUG